GGUUCGUAGGUUUUCGUACAGUCUGCCGAGGUCUGGGCGCAUACACACUGGACGUGUGUGAAGGCGCGUGGGGCUCGCUUUGCUACUACCACUACUAACACAUCAGCAUCAUCAUCAUAGCAGCAGCAGUAGUAGCGGAGGCAGUGAGCAGCCCAAAGACCCAGUCUAGUGUUCGGGCGUCGCUCGAGACACACACAAAGUCACACAAACAUUGAAAGACCCGGCGUCGAUAACCGUCGUCCCGACGCACAACAUGACAAUACAUCGAAUCAUCUAGCAAUAAAACACAUACAUUAACAAAGGAGGAAAUCGUUAUUUUUUUUCAAUCGUUCGCGAAUUGAUUAACAAAUUUUAUAUUUAUUAUUAAUAUUUUUUUGUGAAAAACUUUUGCCAACCGGAAAUGCUUUUAUCCGGGAUCCCCAAGUGAUUGUUUACCCAGUUGAUGAUGAUGUUGGUUGUAUCGUACUCCCCUUGUUUCUUGACGCGCCGGUACAGCGACUUCAGCUGAAGUUCGAUAGAACUAAUCGGGUGGUGGAACUGGAGGAGCAGUAGUUUUAGUUUGUAGUAAAUAGUAUUAUAGAGAGCACAACAAUAUGGGUGAGCGUGAGAGGAUUACGAAGGCCGCGAUCCGCGUAGGUUUCUACGAUAUCGAGAGGACGAUCGGCAAAGGAAACUUCGCCGUCGUCAAAUUGGCGCGACAUCGGAUCACCAAGACAGAGGUCGCUAUCAAAAUAAUUGAUAAAUCGCAACUGGAUGCGAGCAAUCUGCAGAAGGUCUACAGGGAAGUGGACAUCAUGAAACGGCUGGACCAUCCUCAUAUUAUAAAACUGUAUCAGGUGAUGGAAACGAAAAACAUGAUCUAUUUGGUGUCGGAAUAUGCGAGCCAAGGCGAGAUUUUUGAUUACAUCGCACGUUACGGCCGGAUGUCAGAGGAGCAGGCCAGAGCCAAAUUCUGGCAGAUUCUGUCCGCCGUCGAAUAUUGCCACAACAGAAACAUAGUACAUCGAGAUUUAAAGGCUGAAAAUUUAUUAUUGGACUCAAAUAAUAACAUAAAGAUUGCCGAUUUCGGCUUCUCGAAUUUCUAUACGUCCGGUGGUCACCUGUCCACGUGGUGCGGAAGUCCGCCCUACGCCGCACCGGAAGUCUUCGAGGGCAAAAAAUACACGGGACCGGAAAUCGACAUUUGGAGUUUAGGCGUUGUUCUUUACGUCUUGGUGUGCGGAGCAUUGCCGUUCGAUGGAUGCUCGUUGCAGGCGUUGAGGGACAGGGUUUUAUCUGGGAGAUUCCGAAUUCCGUACUUCAUGAGUUCAGAUUGUGAAUCGCUGAUUAGGAAGAUGCUCGUUUUAGAGCCAGGUAAGCGAUUCUCGAUUGCUCAGAUCAAGAGACACCGGUGGAUGCAGAUGGAUGUACCAUCCACUUUACCUACGUUAGUGCCCGUAUUGACGGGGCAACCCAACGAGCAGAUCCUCAGGUUGAUGCAAAGUUUGAAUAUAGACAGUACGAAAACGCGAGAGUCAAUUCGUUUGGGGAGUUACGAUCAUCACGCAGCGAUAUAUUAUUUGCUUCUGGAUAAAUUGAGACAUCAGCUGGUCAGUGGUGAGGUGCAGCCUGGGAAUAGUAGGGAAGUGCAAAGACGAAGACCUUCGAGCAUCGCGGAGCAGGCAAUGAGGAAGAUCAAUAGGGCGAGCACGACAGAGGAUUGCAGAAGGUUGCUGCAGCACUCGACAACUCCAACGGCUAGCAACAGCAAGCUGAGCUCGAGUCCCAGGACGUGCGAUUCUCCACCUUCGCAUGGGAUAGAUGCGGCUCGACUGCUUGCUGCGACCACUAGUGAAGAUGCUUUGAAGAUCCUCAAUCAGGCUUCGGCUAAUGCGUUCAGCAUUACCAACGAGGCCAAUAAAUUGAUGAACACUCUGCAGCAGUCGGCAGUUGUUUCUACGGCCACGACGGAGGUGCCACCAUUCAGGGAUUACCUAAACCAUAUACCGGCCUACUCUUUCAUGCAGACCUCCAUGUGUCAACCAAACCAGGAGAACGAGAACAAGGGAGGAUCUUUAACCAGAUUCUACACAAGCGGUUAUAGGAGCGGCGAAAUCCAAACACAGUAUUCGAGCUCGACGGAUGAAGGAGUUGAGACGGACUUGGAGGAGCACCCUUCGUCGCACACGCACACACCCCGCCUGAGUUACGCUUCGUCGAGUUCGUCGAGUGGCGUCGUCACCAAUUUCAAUACGUCGAAGAGCCUAAGUCAGAAUCUGAGUUGCGAUUCGAAUUUCGAAAGUCUAGAGUAUCCUCUAUCAGAUUCCAGCGAGCUGACAAACAGUCUGCCCAGUUGCACGACGACAGACAUCAGUCUGCCAGAAACGACCUUAACCAGCUCGAAUGCGCUCUCCUCCGUCACCAAGUACUCGGCAAACACUCGAUCCGUGAUGCACAAGCACAAUCCUCUGGUUCACAUGACCAGUUACAAAACGACGAGAGCGGUCACCAGGUCCCCGGUGGACUUCCGGGAAGGUCGAAGAGCAAGCGACGGGCUCGUCGCACAGCAGGUCGCGGAUGCCUCCAAUCCAAUGGGAGCAAUCGCCUUCAACUCGCAAAAACUCUCGGAGAACUCAAAAGUGAAAGGAGUCUUGGAUAUGCACCUGGUGCAGCGCGAGGCACAGCGGCUGCAGUCGCAGUACCAGGCGCGGGAACCACCUGAGGAGGUCACGCAGAGGCAGAAGCAGCACAGCCAGUAUCUCCAACCGCGCAACAACAAACGCGUCAGCCUCCCGGACAACUUCAGCUACACGAACAGCCCGCAGGAACCGCUGCAGUUACAGACGGCCAUGCAGCACAGGCUGCUGCAGCAGAAACGGCAGAUCCUUCAGAAGCAGUGCGCAAUGUCCCAUCAAUCGCCGACGGCAAGCGUAGAUCAUUCUCUCGCCCGAAGACAGAUGCUACGACAGGCGAGUUACAAGAUCGCCCAGCAGCAGCCGGUGCUUCCGCCUCUUCCGCUCUCAGAAACAGAGAGUAAAGAUCUGCUCGCCUUCCAGGCUCUCGUCGAAGGUUCCACCUCGGGCGAAGCUUGGAACACGUUGCCCGGUAACCUGCAGACCUCCUGCCAGAUCUCGGACUCCUCGCAAUCGUCUUCAUGGCAACAGACCUCGGCCGCCUCCUGGAAUCAGCAGGGCCUUCCAUUUUCUGGCAACGUUUGGCCCCCUUUACUGCCAUUAAGUGAAUCUCCAAUUUUGGAACUCACCGAACAAAUGGAAUCAAUGUGAAGAUAAUUAUGAGAGUGAAAUACCUGAGAGAGAGUAUUAAAAAAAAGAAAGAGAUUAUAACAAUAACAAAAAUUAACAAAUAAUAUAUAGAUAACGUUUAAUUUUGUACGGCGAAACAUUCUUUUUUUGUAUAAAACCAAGAAAAUUAAGAAAGAGAAAACGACAAAAAAAAAUGAAGUAAAGCUAAUUGUGGAAGAGCUUGAAAAGAAGAACUGUUCUAAGGUAUAGUCUAGUCAUUUAAUUGUAUGUAAUUUGUUUUAUCAUCACUGUUUAAUGUUCUUAUAAUUUUUAUUUGUUCUGUGUAUAGAAUUGUGAAACAUUCCAUAGUAUUCGUAUGAUUUCAAACAAAUGAGAUGCGAGAAGGGUAUUUAUUAUUAGAAGGCGCCGAUUAUUAACGCAAGGCGUGCAACUUUAAUGGAGACCGAGGGUUUCAUAGUUGUUGAUUAUUUUAUUGUGAAUUUGGUUUUGUUCAUCGUGUUUAGACGACAUAUCAUUUGAUACAGAUUAUUAACGAAUAUUCCUUGUGUAGAUGAUGAAGAUGAAACGACCGAAUCUAUUGAUGUUUGCGAUGAAGGAAGGAGGGAAGUUCGUUUAGAGAAUUUAGUGGAAAGAGUUUGUUAAUACAAUCAAACGUUAAUUAAGUAAAAUUGAAUUCGGCGAAAGCCAGAAUCGGACUGUAAUAACCAGAUAAUAAUGACAUUGUACGCGUAUAUAUCGGGUUUUUGGAGUAUACGUAAUAUUAUAUAUUAUGUAUGUUGAGUAGAUUAGGAUUUGGAGCUGAUUGGACAUUGAUGAAACCUAAUUAGUUCAUCGAAUUGGAACGGAUUUAUGGUCCGAUAGGGAAAACUUUUUCUAGGUGAUUUAUUUAUUUUCGAAAAAUUUAUGUACGAUUUAUACCAUAAUACCAUUGCCGAUGGAUCUUUUAUUGUUAUUAUUUUUCGGAGACGUUUGCUGGUACAUAUCAAACAGUUUUAUUGGUUGAUUUCUAGAAGCUUUUCGAUGGAUAAAAACAACACGUAUUAAAAAAUGAGAGAAAAAAGAGGAAAAAAAUACCGUAGACGACGCUAUCCUAUAAUAAUGAUACUAUUGCAUUAUCUUAUAAUCUACGUAUAUAUGAAUUAUAUAAAAUAAUUAAUUGGAGGAAAACGACGAUGGUGGAGAUGAAAUACAGCAAUAAAUAUACUAUUUAUAAAAAUAAAUAUAUACAUGGAUCAUCCGUAGAUGUGCCUCUUCUGUUUGUUUCGAUAGUUUUACGUUUAUAUGUUAUUAUUUUUGUUUGUUUUGUGUUUCUAUACGAAAAACGGAGUAGGUUUUAAAUGAAACAAAUAUAAAUUAAAACGGAGUUCUUCACUUUUUUCGUUCGUUGCUUUUGUUAAUUGUUUACAAAUAAAUAGAUUACAAAAAA